AUGCGUUCCAGUCUUUUCACUUCAAUUCUGGCCUUAGCGCCUUGGCUCGCGUCUUCCAGUCCUAUAGCGCAAGUUGACAAACGAGCAAGUGGUUAUCAGAACACUGUAUACUUCACUAACUGGGGUAUCUAUGGACGAAACUACCAGCCGCAGUCUUUACCAGCCAAUGAGCUCAGUAUCGUCCUGUACGCAUUCGCAAAUCUACAAAGCAGUGGUGAAGUAUACUCGUCGGACAGCUAUGCCGAUCUGCAGAAGCACUAUGCUACAGACUCGUGGAACGAUGUCGGAAACAAUGCAUACGGUUGCGUGAAGCAGCUAUACCUUCAGAAGAAAGCCAAUCGACAGCUGAAAGUGCUCCUCAGCAUUGGUGGUUGGACUUAUUCAACCAACUUUCCCGCGGCAGCCAGCACAGCGGACACUCGUGCGACUUUCGCUUCAACAGCAGUAACCCUGAUGAAAGACUGGGGCUUUGACGGCAUCGACAUCGACUGGGAAUACCCAGCAGACUCCACGCAGGCAGCCAACUUCGUCUCCCUGCUCCAAGCCGUCCGCUCAGAGCUGGACAGCUAUGCCGCGCAGUACGCCCCGGGCUACCACUUCCUGCUGACGGUCGCCUCACCCGCCGGCCCGCAGAACUACAACACGAUGCAACUCUCCGCCAUGGCCAACUACCUGGACUUCUUCAACCUGAUGGCCUAUGACUACGCGGGCAGCUGGGACAGCACGAGCGGGCACCAGGCCAAUCUGUACAACGCCAGCGAUUCGGGCAACCCACUCGCCGCCAAGUACUCGACCGACAAGGCCGUGACUGACUACAUCUCGGCGGGCGUCCCCGCGAGCAAGAUCGUGCUCGGCAUGCCCAUCUACGGGCGCUCAUUCGAGCAAACCGCCGGCAUCGGCCAGCCCUACACCGGUGUUGGGUCUGGCUCGUGGGAGAACGGCGUGUGGGACUACAAGGCGCUGCCCAAGGCCGGCGCCACCGUCAUCACGGACGUCAAGGCCGGCGCGACGUACAGCUAUGAUUCGUCGGCGCAGGAGCUCAUCUCUUAUGACACCCCUGACAUGGUCUCGACCAAGGUUUCGUACCUCAAGAGCAAGGGGCUUGGCGGGAGCAUGUUCUGGGAGGCGUCGGCCGACAAGAAUGAUAGCUCCAGUCUCAUUACUACUAGCCUCAACGCGCUGGGCUCGCUGAACUCCGACCAGAACUUGUUGAGCUACCCGAAUAGCCAGUAUGCGAACAUUGUUGCUGGUGUGCCGAGUUGA